AUGUCUGAGACAUCUAGUAUUCGCGAACCGUCGAUACACGAAGUAUUCGUAAAGUUCAAUCUAUCUUCUUCGUCGGAAGAACCGCCGCGGAAAGAGUGGUCAUCGCUCGCGUCCCUUCCAGUGGAAGACAGCCCUAAGAUGGUGCUUUUUAAGCAGGGCUUGUACAAACCAGGGAGCGGCGAGAUAUGCGCGAAGUAUAUAACAUUGUCUGAUAGUUCAGUCUUAACACACCCCUAUUAUAACUAUCCUAGCGUUGUAGACCCUGGUAUUAUGGAGGCAUUAUUAAAACCAGGUAAAUACUAUGGCGUGAAUCCAAGAGGUGUCCGAGCGAUGUGCCUGGCUUUAAGUUUCAACAGCAACGUUACAAGAUUAGACUUAACUUCAAACUUCCUCGACGAUGACAGCUGUUAUCACCUCGGCCAACUUCUUGGUGAAAACAUGGCGCUACAGGAACUAGUUCUCUCGGGUUGUAGAUUAAAUCUGAGCUGCAAUGACUUAGGAAUGGAAUCCGCUUUGUCGUUCGCAGAAGUGUUGGAAGUAAAUAAUAAAAUUACACACCUCGAUUUAUCAUGGAACAAAUUCUCUACUAUCAAAGGACCAAAUGAGUUGCUGGAUAAAUUGAGCGAAAGUAAGGUACUUGUGGAAUUGAAUAUGGCUUGGAACGGAUUGAAAGUCACAAAUGUCUUUACGAAGCUAUUGAACGUGCCUACUCUUCGAAUUCUGGAUUUGAGCAAUAACAGAUUAUCUGACACUGCAGCAAAAUUCAUAGCAAAUUCACUUUUCAAAGCCAAACGCCUCCAUACACUGGAUCUGUCUUACAAUCCGUUGGAUCCGGAGAGUGCUUUAAAGAUCUUAGAGUCUCUUAGAAAGCCGAAUGUUAAAUUAAGUAAUUUAUUCAUGGAGCAAAUUGUGGUUGACGAAGAGUUUUUUAAGGUCCUCAAUGAAAUAUUGUCUUUACGCUUUCGUAAGAACACUAAAGUGACACAUGGUGAGGUGCUACAUAACUAUACACUGUCGGUACCAGAUUUAAGGAUAAUCGUAAUGAAGAGAUUCGACUAUCUCACUCAAAAAGGAAAGAAGAAUAAACUAGACAUCGCAUUGUACUUCCUUCAACUGAGGAAGUCGGUGGAUAUAGUGCAACCGCGUGAAAUACUCCGAGACCUGAAGAUAGCUGGCACUCCAGUGGAGGAAGAUUUGGUCAAUCAACUCACUGAAUUAUUUCCAGGACCGCCGCUGGACAAAGGAGUCAAGACUAUUAAGUUAGAUGGUAUCAUAGAGAUGAUAAAACGUUUGUGGCCAGAAAAAAAACUGCCACCCACUCCUCCGCCAGAGCCCGAACCUGUAGUGGAAAAGAACGAUAAAGAAGGAAAGGGGAAGAAAAAAUGA